UGUGUUGGCCAGGGGGCUGAAACACUGCCAUCUAUGGGUGGUACAGCCAAACAAUCUCCAUUUAAAAUCACAUAGUACCUGAUUUAGGCCGCUGGUGGGGAUUGUAUCUAUCAUGAGGGCCUCCACUCCCCUCUAUAGCACUGCUUGCAGGAAUGAGUAGUGAGGGUAGGGGGCUCCUCUUAUCCCGUGCGUGUAUGUUUGUCUGUGUGUGUCAGACGGAGCUGGAGAACUUGGAGGCCACGCAGGGCAUGUCCUCAGAGACAGCCGUGACCUUCCUCAGCCGCCUGAUGGCCAUGGUGGAUGUACUGGUGUUCGCCAGCUCCCUCAACUUCAGCGAGAUCGAGGCUGAGAAGAACAUGUCCUCUGGGGGCCUGAUGCGGCAGUGCCUGAGGCUGGUGUGCUGUGUGGCUGUGAAAAACUGCCUUGAGUGCCGGCAGCGGCAGAGGGACAGGACUGUGAAGCCAUUCCUCCCCAACAGCAAGGCCCCAGACAAUCUGCAGAGCUCCACAGCGGCCGGAAAGGUGCCUGCAUCCACAGUGCCACCAUGCCCCCCCCCAGCCUUGUUUCAGCAUCACAGACACACCCGGCCUCUGCAUAUGCAGAGCAU